GCUGCAGCAUACACUUUUAUAGACUUAAAAUGUUUUACAUAGUAUCCUUAUUUAUUUUUAAGUCCCUUGUCUUUUCAGAGUGUUAAUUUUUCUCAUGGCAAUUGUCAGUGAUAUUUAGAAAUUUUCGAAAUGCUUUUUAUAAUUUACCAGUAUGAGAUCGCUGCUUCUUGUUGUUACGAGUCAAUAUUUCAAUCAAUUUUUUUGCAGGAAAUUUGUAUAUACUCUGAGAUCAUUUAUUGCAGUGAUUUAAAAAGCGUUAUGCGUCAAAAGACGCUAAAGUCCAAAAACGCCCGAGGCGCUAGGCGCUCGCCCGAGCGAAGUGAUGUGCUAAAAUAUAAAAAUAUAUAAUAUAAUUAAUAAAUAUAAUUAUUUAAAAUUUUAAAUAAAAAUAUGCUAUUAAAUUAAGAAAAUCUAAGGUACAAAAUCAUAAUGUCACAUUAAUAAAAAGUUUCAAAAUUCAAAAUAAUAUAUUAUUAAUCUAAUAAAUACAAAUACUAUUAUUAGUAUACUAUUAACAGUAUACAGAAGGAGAAGAAGGAAGAGGAGUGUGAGGGGUGCUGAUUGAGAAAAGAGGAAGCGGUAGCGACAGCAGGAGUGUAAGAAGGCAGCGGCAGUGGGAGCGGCGACAGCGGCAGCCGGAGUGGGAGCAGGAGCGGCGACAGUGGUAGCAAGCAGCGAUAGCGGCGAGCAGCAGGAGCGUGAGCGGCAGCGGCAACGAGCAGGGUUAGGGUUGGGCAGCGACAGCUGAUAUCGGUGCUUUAGUUGGUUCGAUUGAACCAACUAAAGCACCGGAGACCGAACCAGACCUAAAACGCUGGUUCGGUCGCCUGGUUUAACCCAGGCGCUCGCCCGAAGCGCCCAGCGCUUGGGCUCGGGCGAGCACCCAGGCGGUGCCUCUUUGAAGAGCACCGCCUGGAAGUGAAGCGAUGCGCUCGGGCCUCGCCUCGCCUUGCCUGAGCGCCUUUUUAAAUCACUGAUUUAUUGAAUGAACAAUGUUUAUUGAAUGAGUUACAUUUACAAUAUGCAGUUGUUACAUCCAUUCACUUGCCAAACUUAUUGGCAUUGGGUUAAUUGCCUUACUAAUUUUGCUACAUUCACUAGCUUUGAGGUUUCUGGUUUGAGGUUAAAUGGGAUGUUACCUGGCAUGCCAGAUACUAUAGACUGCAGAGUACCACUGUGACAUACUAAAGACUGCAGUGUACCACCAUGACAUGCCAAGCCGAUGGUGACCUGGCCCAGAGUACGCCUUUAUUCUAGGUGUUAGUGGUAGUUACAUGACAUGCUCAUGAUACAAGGGCACUCAAGCUUUGAAGAUUUGUGUUACAGCCAGAAGCCUGGUCUAGAAAGUAAUAUUUUCCAGCCCUUUCCCUGGGCACUUGAGGGCACAACUCUUUUCCAAUUUGAGGUAAUGUUGUUUCAUGGAGGGUGGAGAUUAUGAUCGAGGAAGAUGCAAUGGGUAUAGUAUAUACCAGAAAAAAAAUGAUAUAGUAUAUACCUCAAGCUUCAGCUUUCCACUACUCAGAGUCACUAAUGCGGAAAUUAGUCAUAAAUAUUCAAAAGUUUGUAUUCACUUCUCCAAUAAGACUGUGUUUCAUACUGUUGGUAACAUGGUGUUCCUACAUUCUAGAUAUCAUGACAUUCUAUUAUGCAGAUCUGAAAGCUUAUAUUAUGAAUUAAAGGUGCUUUAAAAUGUAGUCAUUCUGAAACAAGAUUCGUGACCUAUAAUUGUAGUAAAUAUUUAUGAAAUUUAAUAUGGAUAUAUGAAAGGAAGCACAGAGUUAUUACUUAACAAUGAGAUAAUCAUAAGGCCAAGGAUGAUCCAAUUUGCAGGAUGAUGAAUGUGGUAAUAGAGAGGAUUCCUUGUUUGCAGGACCAAGGAUGAUAUAAUGUCAACUCUGAGAACAAUGAUCAUGGUGUAUCAGUUAAGAGUUCAAUAUGGAUCUUUCUGCAGAAGAUAAGAAGUUGUUGACCCUAGUGGAGAUGGGGUUUUCCACCAAAGAGGCAUCUGCAGCCAUUCAUAGAUGUGGUCCAAAUUCUUCUAUUUUGGAGCUAGCAGAUUCCAUACAUGCUGCUGAGAUAGCGGAAAAAUUUGAGAGUCAUUUGGAAGAAUCAACUUACACCAAAGAUGAGCCUGGAAAUUAUAUUUAUGGUUGUUCAAGAGGUAAGAAAAGGGGGCUUGCAGAGGAAACAAGCAGCAAAAAAAGACGUUUUUUAACUGAGAAUGAGUCUUCUAUGAUCUCUAUUCCCAAGCCAAUGGUUGGAUAUGGCAUUCCAAAUCAAAGAAUGCCUAAAAUAUGCAGAAAGCUACCUGAGUCAGCCAUUGGUCCACCAUAUUUUUACUAUGAGAAUGUGGCCCUGGCACCAAAAGGAGUGUGGGAAACUAUCUCACGCUUCUUAUAUGACAUUGAGCCAGAAUUUGUGGAUUCAAAGUACUUCUGUGCUGCUGCAAGGAAAAGGGCGUAUGUUCACAACCUCCCCAUCCAUGACAGAUUUCCUCUUCUUCCGAUUCCUCCUAAAACCAUCCAUGAAGCACUCCCAUUAACAAGAAAGUGGUGGCCUUCCUGGGAUACCAGGACACAGUUUAACUGCUUGCAAACUUGCAUUGCUAGUGCAAAACUAACAGAGAGAAUCAGGAAAGAGCUUGAAAAUUAUGAUGACAUACCAUCUUUAAAGACACAACAGUAUGUUCUUAAUGAAUGUCGAAAAUGGAAUUUAGUUUGGGUGGGACGACAUAAAGUUGCUCCACUAGAACCAGAUGAAAUUGAAAUGCUUCUAGGAUUUCCUAGAGAUCACACAAGAGGGGGUGGUAUUAGCAGGACUGAAAGAUACCGAUCUCUUGGGAAUUCAUUUCAAGUAGAUACAGUGGCUUACCAUUUGUCAGUUCUGAAGGAUAUGUUUCCAAAUGGUAUAACACUUCUCUCACUGUUUUCCGGUAUUGGGGGAGCUGAAGUUGCUCUCCACCGGUUGGGAAUACAUCUGAAGACGGUUGUUUCUGUGGAAAUUUCAGAAGUAAAUAGAAAUUUACUAAAAAGUUGGUGGGAGCAGACAAACCAAACAGGGACUUUGAUUGAGCUUGUUGAUGUCCAACAGCUUAGCAGUGAUAAGAUUGAGCAGUUGAUCAGCACUUUUGGUGGUUUUGAUUUGGUAGUUGGUGGCAGUCCUUGUAAUAACCUCACAGGAAGCAACCGUCACCAUCGAGAUGGGCUUGAGGAAUUGUCCAUUCUCAGGUUCAUUCCCAUCAGGAAUGGGAUCAUAUUCUCAGCAAAAGCUGCAUCCUAUAGUUUGAUGUUAAAUUUUGUUGCCUCUAUAGUUACCACCAGGUCAAUAUGUGCCAAAGUGAUGGCUUAUGUUAUAUAUUUUGCUAGAUCUAUGAGGUGUGUGCUAAUUGUAGGAGAAAUAAACUGAUAUGUAAUCCAAAACAAAUCAUGCAGGUGGUUGAUAAUA